AUGGAGAGGCUUGACUGCACGGAACGAAAGCUGCUUAGACGAACACUUGGCUACUUUUGGCUUAGAGUAUGCCACACUGAACAUCUUUACGCAGAAAUUGAUGUGGUAUACCGGCGGAUGACACGUGGAAGAUAUCCACAUCUUGCACCACUAUCGAAAGUGGCUAAAGUAAAUCGUGUUCGCUUCUUUGGUCAUAUACUAAGGAGACCGGCAGAUCGCCUUGUUCAACGAGUUCUGAGGAGCUUGUCGGGUUCCAGCUGGAAGAAGCCACCUGGCCAGAAACCGACGAAUGGAUUGAUUCUGUGCAGGCUGAAGAUCGAGAAGGUUGGGCAGAGCCGUGUUCAAGGACAGCACACUUCGGCGAAGAUGUUGAUAAUCGCGUCAGGCGAUGACAUCAGCCCGCCGAUUAAGUCAAAGCUGAUCAAGCGUAUGGAAGAGAUAGCCCCCGCUUCACACCCAGCCGUUCUAACAGCACUAGUCGCCGCGGCCGAAUUCGUCACGAAUUCUCCAUCAACACGUUUGUCUGAGUCAUUGUACGAUUCGGACAAUGGUUGUACAUCCAAGGUCUGGUACAAUCGCUACGAAGACGUCAUUUCAAAGGACGGUGCUACCUUGGACGAUGCAGUGAAAGCUCGACUAAUCGUACAAACUCGUCGCCGUCAAAUAUGCCCGUUUCACGAACAACUUUCUUCCUAA